AUGCACACAGACUCAGCCCUAUCCGUCAGGGAGAAGCAGCGUUUACUAAUGGAGCUAGAAGAGGAUCUGCAUGACAUCGAGUUGGCCGACAUCUUCACAGCCGCCAACGGUAUCCCGCAAUUGCUGACUAUGCUCUCUCACACAGACACCACUGUGCGUGCCUCUGCGGCCUUGGCAUUCGGUUCGUGUGUGCAAAG